AUGGCUCUUCCUCUCGGAACCUCGGUCGCCCAGGCCCAGGAGCAGGGCGACUUCAUGAUCAAGCCCGAGAACUCCGGCCCUAAGCUCAACACCGCCGACUGGCCUCUGCUGCUCAAGAACUACGACCAGCUGCUCGUCCGAAGCUCCCACUUCACGCCCAUCCCGCACGGCUGCUCGCCGCUCAAGCGUGACCUCCAGAGCUACGUCAAGUCGGGUGUGAUCAACCUCGACAAGCCCUCCAACCCUUCUUCGCACGAGGUCGUCUCGUGGCUCCGCCGCAUCCUCCGCGUCGAGAAGACCGGCCACAGCGGUACCCUCGACCCCAAGGUUACCGGCUGCCUCAUCGUCUGCAUCGACCGUGCCACCCGUCUCGUCAAGUCGCAGCAGGGCGCCGGUAAGGAGUACGUCGCCGUCCUCCGCCUCCACGACAAGCUCGAGGACCCCAAGAAGCUGCCCCGCGCCAUCGAGACGCUCACCGGCUCGCUCUUCCAGCGUCCUCCCCUCAUCUCCGCCGUCAAGCGUCAGCUGCGUAUCCGAACCAUCUACGAGUCCAAGCUCAUCGAGUUCGACAACGACCGCCACCUCGCCGUCUUCUGGGUGAGCUGCGAGGCCGGCACCUACAUCCGAACGCUCUGCGUCCACCUCGGCCUGCUCCUCGGCGUCGGCGGCCACAUGCAGGAGCUCCGCCGUGUGCGAUCGGGUGCGCUCUCGGAGAACGACUCGAUCGUCACCAUGCACGACGUGCUCGACGCCCAGUGGCUCUACGACAACCAGCGCGACGAGACGUACCUCCGCCGCGUCAUCCGCCCGCUCGAGUCGCUGCUCACCGGCUACAAGCGCAUCGUCGUCAAGGACUCGGCGGUCAACGCCGUGUGCUACGGCGCCAAGCUCAUGAUCCCCGGUCUGCUGCGCUACGAGAAGGACAUCGAGGUGCACGAGGAGGUGGUGCUCAUGACCACCAAGGGCGAGGCCAUCGCGCUCGCCGUCGCACAGAUGUCCACCGUCGACCUCUCCACGUGCGACCACGGUGUCGUCGCCAAGGUCAAGCGUUGCAUCAUGGAGCGCGACACCUACCCGCGCCGCUGGGGUCUUGGCCCCAAGGCGCAGGAGAAGAAGGCCAUGAUCAAGACCGGCAAGCUCGACAAGCACGGCAAGGCCAUCAACGGCGUCACGCCCGACAAGUGGCAGAAGGACUAUGUCGAUUACUCGGAUGCCGCAGCUGCCCCCGCAGCCGCAGCGGCAGCCUCGGAUGUGGAGAAGGUGGCGGCGGCGGCGGUGGUCGAGCCGGUCACGCCCGCCAAGAAGGACGACGAGAGCAAGAAGAGGAAGCUCGAGGAGACGCCCGGCGCGGCGAUUGACGGCGAGACCGAAGAGGAGAGGAAAAAGCGCAAGAAGGAGAAGAAGGAGCGCAAGGCGGCCGAGGCGGCGGCGGCGGGCGAGACGCCCAAGUCCGAGAAGAAGAAGAAGGACAAGAAGGACAAGAAGGACAAGUGA